CACCAUAAUAAAAACACUAAAAAAACAACACACCCACCUCCCAAUCCACUUUUCUUGAAGUGGGUGUUCAUCUUUUCACCCUCAUUCAUCAAAAAUCAAUCAUCUUGAUCCCUUAAACCCCAAUAAUCUUGAACUGGGUGAUCCUCUUUUCACCUUCAUUCAUCACCCACAAUGGAUCGAGCUCGAAAACUAGCAAACAAAUCCCUCAUCAAUCGCUUAAUCUCACAAUCCAAACAACACCCAUCAUCCCCUGCACUCUGUUCAUCUUCAAGGUACAUUUCUUCAUCAUUUUCACACACUAGUUUCACCCAAAUUGCUAGAUCAGACACCAAUGUUCGCAAAUUUGAUUCGCAAACCCGAUCGAUAUCGAUCGAAUCGUUAAAACCCAGUGACACUUUCCCUCGCCGUCAUAACUCUGCUACUCCUGAAGAACAGGGGAAAAUGGCCCAAUUUGUAGGGUUUGAGAAUCUAGAUUGUUUAAUCGAUGCAACGGUACCGAAAUCGAUUCGAAUAGGGGAAAUGAAACUGACCCAGUUUGAUGAAGGGCUGAGUGAGUCACAAAUGAUUGAGCAUAUGAAAGAUUUAGCUUCUAAAAACAGAGUGUUUAAGUCUUUUAUCGGUAUGGGGUAUUAUAAUACUUAUGUUCCUGGUGUUAUUUUGAGGAAUAUUAUGGAAAAUCCUGGUUGGUAUACUCAGUAUACACCUUAUCAAGCCGAGAUUGCACAGGGGAGACUCGAAUCUUUGCUUAACUUUCAAACGAUGAUUACGGAUUUAACGGGGUUACCGAUGUCAAACGCUUCGUUGCUUGACGAAGGGACGGCUGCUGCAGAAGCAAUGGCUAUGUGUAACAAUAUUCAGAAGGGGAAGAAGAAGAAGUUUUUAAUCGCGACGAAUUGUCACCCGCAGACGGUUGAUGUUUGCAGGACUAGAGCGGACGGGUUCGGUUUGGAAGUGGUAGUGUCGGAUUUGAACGAUUUUGAUUACUCGUCGGGUGAUGUUUGCGGGGUGUUGGUGCAGUAUCCUGGAACUGAAGGUGAGGUGUUGGAUUAUGGUGAGUUUGUUGAGCAUGCACACGCGAACGGGGUGAAGGUUGUUAUGGCUAGUGAUUUGUUGGCUUUGACUGUGUUGAAGCCGCCUGGUGAGUUUGGUGCAGAUAUUGUGGUGGGGUCCGCGCAAAGGUUUGGUGUUCCGAUGGGGUAUGGUGGUCCGCAUGCUGCGUUUCUUGCGACGUCGCAAGAGUAUAAGCGGAUGAUGCCCGGAAGGAUUAUUGGUGUUAGUGUUGAUGCGACUGGUAAACCUGCUUUGCGGAUGGCGAUGCAGACACGAGAGCAGCACAUCAGGAGGGAUAAAGCUACUAGCAACAUUUGCACAGCUCAGGCAUUGCUUGCAAAUAUGGCUGCUAUGUAUGGCAUUUACCAUGGACCCGAAGGCCUAAAAACGAUCGCACAACGUGUCAACGGACUUGCUGCAACAUUUGCUGCGGGAUUAAAGAAACUAGGGACAGUAGAUGUCCAAGGUCUUCCCUUUUUUGACACUGUUAAGAUAAAAUGUACCGAUUCAGCCGCAGUAGCUGAAGAAGCUCUUAAACACAAGAUGAACCUUCGUAUUGUUGACAGAAACACUAUUACCGUCGCAUUUGAUGAAACAACCACCAUUGAAGAUGUUGAUACAUUGUUUAAAGUAUUUUCAUUGGGGAAACCGGUGACAUUCACUGCUGCAUCUCUGGCACCAGAGGUUCAAAAUGUCAUCCCUUCUGGUCUUGUAAGGGAGACUCCGUAUAUGACACAUCCGAUUUUUAACUCAUUCCACACAGAGCAUGAGCUACUUAGAUACAUCAGCAAAUUGCAGUCGAAGGAUUUGUCAUUGUGUCACAGUAUGAUUCCGUUGGGGUCAUGUACAAUGAAGCUUAACGCAACUACCGAAAUGAUGCCAGUGACGUGGCCUGCCUUUGCAGAUAUGCAUCCGUUUGCACCUAUUGCACAGGCACAAGGAUAUCAAGAAAUGUUCAAGAAUUUGGGUGAUAUGUUGUGUACCGUCACUGGGUUUGAUUCAUUCUCUUUGCAACCUAAUGCUGGCGCUGCUGGAGAGUAUGCCGGGCUAAUGGUUAUCCGUGCAUAUCAUAUGGCGAGAGGAGAUCAUCAUAGAAACGUAUGCAUCAUUCCCGUGUCAGCACAUGGAACAAAUCCUGCUAGUGCUGCUAUGUGCGGGAUGAAAAUCAUAACUGUUGGAACCGAUGCUAAAGGUAACAUUAACAUUGAAGAGGUACGGAAGGCUGCUGAAGCAAAUACGGACAAUCUAUCAGCUCUAAUGGUAACGUAUCCUUCGACUCAUGGAGUUUACGAGGAGGGUAUUGAUGAGAUUUGCAAAAUUAUUCAUGACAACGGCGGUCAGGUUUACAUGGAUGGAGCCAAUAUGAAUGCACAGGUUGGUCUAACAAGUCCUGGGUGGAUUGGUGCUGAUGUUUGUCAUCUGAACCUUCACAAGACAUUUUGCAUUCCGCAUGGUGGAGGUGGGCCCGGAAUGGGCCCAAUUGGUGUGAAAAAACACUUGGCACCAUACUUGCCUUCUCACCCUGUGGUUGGGACCGGAGGGUUACCAGCGCCCGAAAAAGCUGAGCCACUCGGUACAAUUUCUGCAGCACCUUGGGGAUCAGCCCUUAUCUUGCCCAUAUCGUAUACAUACAUUGCCAUGAUGGGAUCUCGGGGACUUACCGAUGCAUCAAAGAUAGCCAUCUUGAAUGCAAACUACAUGGCAAAACGUCUUGAGAGUCAUUACCCCAUUCUUUUCCGUGGUGUCAAUGGAACCGUUGCCCAUGAAUUUAUUGUUGAUUUGAGACCCUUAAAGGCUACAGCUGGAAUAGAGCCAGAAGACGUUGCUAAACGCCUCAUAGAUUAUGGAUUUCAUGGCCCAACAAUGUCGUGGCCCGUUCCUGGAACACUAAUGAUUGAACCUACUGAAAGUGAAAGCAAGGCAGAGUUAGACAGGUUUUGUGAUGCUUUGAUUUCCAUUAGAAAAGAAAUAGCUGAAAUUGAAAAAGGAAACGCGGAUGUUAACAACAACGUUAUCAAGGGAGCUCCUCAUCCUCUUCAAGUGCUCAUGGCUGAUAAGUGGACGAAACCAUACUCUCGGGAAUAUGCAGCCUACCCUGCUUCAUGGCUUCGUGCCGCUAAGUUCUGGCCAACCACAUGCCGUGUAGAUAAUGUGUAUGGCGAUCGCAACCUCAUCUGCACUCUUCAGCCGCCGCACGAGGAAGAAGAAAAGGCGGCAGCCACUGCUUAAGGCUGCUAAAGUUGGGUGGCUUUUCUUCAAAACAACAUGGCUUUGUAUUCUUACUUUGUUUGGUCCUCAAUUUCCUUCCACAAUUUGUGUAUAUACAAUUUGUCAAAUUCCAUAAUUAUUGAUGAUCAACUGCUCUAAUAAUGUUUGGGCUCAAAAAA